AUGCCUGGAUUCGGCGCGAAGUGUGCGCUGAUUUUGACCCUGAUCCUUGUGCUUGGCUCCCUUCUGCUUCCCAUGCAGAUUGAGGCAUAUUCUCAGGUUUUGCAGAGUGGAAAUGCUGAAUCAAUGGAUCAGGGACCGCGUAUUUUCAAGGCGCUAAAUACGGAUUUAAUAUUUCCUAAAAUCUUCAAUUCGAGCGAGAAUGUGGUGUCCACAACAACAACAACGACGACGACGACCACUCCUUUACCUUUGCCCUUACCAUAUAAUCAUCAGCAGGAGUGGGAAUCAGAGCCGGAAAAAGAGCCCAUCCUGUUUGUCACGCCUCUGAGCGUAACGCCAGCGGAAUUGAAGGAAACUGCCAGCGAGGAGCCGCCUCCGGGCUUGAUGGAAGCUGCCUCCACUGGACGUGCUGUGGACUAUCGUACCUCGUACCCUUUUGGACAGCUUAUUACGCCUCUGAUUAAAUCAGCACGUCCCUCACAGAAUUACAAGGCUUACAAAUCCAAGAGUAAUCGCUAUCAGAACCCUCAUCGAGGCUACAAUCGUCAAAUCUCAGAUCGUUUUGCGCCCGGUCAAGCUGUAGCUUCGAAUCUUUUUAAGGAUCACGAUCAUCAUCAUCAUCAUCAUGAUCCACAUGAUCACAGUCAUGAUGGCAAAGUGGCAGCGGGCUCGAAUGUGGUGCAAUCGUAUGUGCCGCCAAGGGAUGCUUACUCCUUUCCUCCCCUCAACACCAAAUAUCCUUCGCCGUCGCAGGAUCCCAAGGCAGCUCUGCCCUCGGAUACAAUUUCUAGUUAUUUGCCGCCAGCUUCGGGCAAUGCUUUGAGCAGUGCUGGGUAUGCUUAUCCAGGUCCUUCAUCGGGCUAUAGCUAUCCUGGUCCUGUACCCGCUGGCAGUGGUGAUAAGGAUGCGGCAGCGAGCACUGCAAGUUCGGUGCCCGUGGCUCCAGCAGAUGAUGAUCCAGAGAAUGAUGAUGUGAUUGGUGUACUUCCGGCAAGUGCACAGGAUAAUUCGCCACCUGCCAACGAUCAGGCUGGCAAGGAUACCGGAGACGCAGGCGCCGCAGAUGCAGGAGACGCUGGAGCGGGCGCGGAUGAUGGCAGCGCUGACAGCGGGGGCAAUGCAGGCGGAGAUGCUGGACCUCUGCCUCCUUUACAGACUGAUGGACAAGCGCAUGCCAGCGAUGAUAAUAAAUACGAUCCCAAUAUGGAGUAUGCCACGCCGCCUCCAGGCUGGCUGGAAUCUCAUCCGGAAUCAGCGGCCCCAAAGCCAGCAGAUCACGAUCACAGCCAUGAUCACGAUCACGAUUAUCCGGAGCCUUCACCACACUAUCACGAUCAUCAUCAUGAUCACCACGAGCAUUAUCCCGACCAUCAUGAUUAUACUUAUCCUUCGUUUCCGGAUGUCUCAUAUCCAGAACUUCUUUACGAUGAUCAUCAUCCACAUCAUUAUCAUCAUCAUCCACCGCCACCUCCUCCUCCCCCACCGCCGCCACCACCGACCACACCACCACCACCUCCUCCUCCGCCACCACCACCUCCAGAGCCCCGUGUAAAGAAGUACAGUUACUUUUACAUUGGCCGCAAACUCUGGUACAUUCCGCUAUACUUUACAGUUUGGUUCAGUUUCUAUAUUUUGUGGCUAAUUAUCAAGUCCAUUGGCCGCCACAAGGUAAACUUGCCAAAUCACUAUGUGACUCGACGAAGUUUGCCCGAUUAUUCGGAGCAGAGUAGGAAUGAAUAUAUUAAUGACAUGACAGUCAAGGUGCUGGAGCACAUAGAUAGCUUUAAGCAAAAGUAUUUGAACUGAUAAUAAUGCUACAAACUAA